GCGGUUGUGUUCGCGCGAACAGACAAAGUGAAUGGUGAACAAUUUUUCUACAGUUGCGUUCACAUGGAUCAUGUGCGGUGUCGUGGGAUUCACUCGUGCUCAUUUACACAUGUCAACACACUACAAUUUUUUGACAAUUCAAGUAAAUUACCAAAAAAUCAAAAACUCCUGACAAAAAUAUAAUUUUAAGCAGGAGGAAUCAUAUUUUAUGUGCGCGAAAAAUUACAUUUAAUAAAGUGUCAUCAUAAUCAUCAACAUCAUCAUCAUCAUCAUCUUGGCGCCUGACUUGUUCAAUAUAGUUAGCCGCUCAGCUACAUCUUUAUUUUCCUCCUCUCUUUCUCGCUCUCUCUUCACUUAUUUAAUAGUGUCAUCUCCCUCUCUCCCAAAGUCCAUUAUGCGCUCUUCACUCUCUCUCUCUCUUUCUUUCUCUCGUACUGACGCGUACUGUCACAAUCAUUUUUGCCCUCCCUCGUCCCCCAAUUUCCCCGCCGCAUAACUCUUCACCGCCAAAGUUUCUCGUGACGGCCUUUUCAAGAUUGAGAUCGGGAGUUGUUUUUUGAUUACGCUCUACGAAAGGACGUAAGGUUAUGUUCGCGAAUAUUAUUAUAAGUUAAUUGAUAAAAACUCUCGUCGCCAUAUGGCUUACUUUCAUAGCCGCAUCUCUUAAAUAGUGUGUGUACAUACAUAUGUGUAUGUUUGACUUUUUAUACUUUCGUUCUGAGUGUACAUGAACUUUCUCAGGAGAGUAUAACAUCAUUCCAAUGUGGUUCCUUCGGAAAUUGGAAGUUCAGUAAUACUGUUAUAACAUAUAUAUAUACGAUGAUUUGAGUCCCAAGUGAUACGUCUAUCGUUAUCAGUGGUCUCUGGUUUGUCGUUUCGCGGUAACAGUGCUGGUUGGGUGGUGUGUCGUCAUUGCCGUUAUCUUACUCGUGGAUCCCGGAGAGACCAACAUUGAGUUUAACUUUCUCUGACUACCUCCGAUCAUCAACUCAUUGAACUAUACACGUAUAUAUUUAAUAUAUAUCUCUCUCUCUCCCUAUGUAUAUGUAUAUAAUUCUCGUUUGAAAAUGGACGAAUCUGGGAUAGAUAUGGGUUUUGAUUUGGCCGCACUCACCAACGCUGAGGACUUUGAUUUGGAAUACAACAAUGACUUCGAACAGGCAUUGUCUCUACUCUCAACGUCACAGGACUUCAUGUACUAUGAGCUCAAGAGUCGGGCUCCCGAUACUGGCAGUCCUCCAACGUUCAAGACUGCAACACCCACAUCUCGUACACAAUUGAAGCUGCAGUUAAUGCGAGAGCAACUGCAGGAACAAGAGAGACGAGAGGCUGAAUUGAGGCAAAAUUUACAACAACAAAGGCCUGCAGCUGCACCUCCAAGACCUGUACCACCAACACCUUUACCAACUAUCGGUGUCGAUGUUCCACCUCAAGUUUUACAAGUGAGGACACUAUUGGAGAAUCCGACACGUUAUCAUGUGGUCCAGAAGCAAAAGAAUCAAGUGCGACAAUAUUUACAUGAAUCGUUUCGUGGAUCGGAUGAAGGUUUAAACACGGGAAUACCCAACAGUAUCGGAAGUGAUGGAGGUGGUGGAACCCCUCUUGACACUGGACCCCCACAAAUGCCCAUGGUGGUUCAGAGUGCACCCCCUGGACCAGCUGUUCAUCAACCGAAACCGCAGCAUCCUCAUUUCAUCUCGUAUCCCCAUGCUCCUGCACUGCUGCCUCACACACAUGCUGUUACUCAAAGUCCUGAUCCUACCGCAGGUGCCAUGUCCCCUGAUCUCUCAAGUGUUGCUACCAGUAAUUCCGAGGCGGAGGAUCUUUUGGAUGAUAUUCUGUCGUUUGAGGCUGGAUCCUUGGGCGAUGGCUUAAAGGACAGUCAAGCAGGGAGCUUAACAAGUCUUCCAGACCUUCAAAUAAAACCAGAACCUUUGCUGCUCACUGAUGCAGAAAUCCACGCCCUAGCCAAAGAUAGACAAAAGAAAGAUAAUCACAAUAUGAUUGAGCGACGGCGACGGUUCAACAUCAAUGACAGGAUCAAGGAACUUGGCACCCUUCUACCAAAAACCAAUGAUCCUUACUACGAGAUUGUCAGGGACGUGAGACCAAAUAAAGGUACAAUUUUAAAAUCGUCCGUAGAAUAUAUAAAACUUCUUAAAAAUGAAUUAACGAGAAUGAAGCAAAGCGAACUGAGGCAUAAACAGUUGGAGAAUCAGAACCGGAGGUUGCUCUUACGUGUUCAGGAGCUGGAACUCCAGGCGAAGACACACGGAAUUCCGCUUGCGGAUUUUAGUUCAUGGGCUUCUACAUCGGAAGGCCUCUUCAACGCUUAUGCCAAGCACAAACUCGAACAUCGAAAGAUGCCAGAUGUGAUAACGGAUGGGGCAGCGGCGCUAAGUAUGUCUCAGUUGGAGGAUUUGAUGGAAGAUGAUACAAAUGGACCAGUGCACAGUGGUGAUCCAAUGCUGUCGUCACCUCACCUUCCACCUCUGAGUCCACCUGCACCCGCUUGUCAUCAUCCUUUGCCCGACGACGAGACUCUCGGCAGUUUAGCACCAACGUCCUCGAAUCCUUCUGAUAUGGAUAUCGUUGCGUAGCCAAAAGCCACCAUUCCCUCAUCCCCCCACACCCACCCCUUUUUCAAAUCUCCCGUAUCACAGGGUUUCACACUGUUGCCAAAUUUUUCACGCAUAUAUUUUUUAACUCUUUUUAACUUGGAAUUUUUGGUUUUUUUCCUCUCUUAUCUCUUUUUGAAAUUUUUCUUUCUCUCUAGGUAUUUUUACAUCGAUCAUUAUUAUUUUCUCGUAUGAAAUGUAUAUUUCGUUUUAGUUUCGAAAAGUUUCAUUUCUUUUUGGAUAUACUUUUUCAGCUGCUCUGCAAGUUUUUUUUCGCCAGCCUUUUUUUUUUUUUUUUUUUUUUUUUGCCCGGAUCGAUUACGCGUUCGAGCGGAAGAGAGAAGUUUGUUUCGUUUGAAGAAAUUGUGAAAAAAAAGAGAGGGAAGAGUGCACAUCGACUCAAUUAUCUUCAUGUUCCCGGGAUGAAAAACUCUGAAAGAAACAAUUCAAAACUUAAAGUAAAGAGAAUUCUUUUUUUUUUUGCUGAGAAUUUUUUUUUUUUUGAAAAACUGAUCAAGUGAAAGGAAACUAAAGAGAGAGAGAGAGAGAGAGUUGGACUAAAAUUCCAAAAGUUGAUGAAACGGAAGAAAUGUUCAUUUGGUUUAUAUAUAUUAAUACUUAAAAGAAAAAGAGAGACUAAAAGAGAGAGAGAGAGAGAGAGAGAGAGGAAGAGUUCUCAUCCUCGGACCUCAUUUCCAAGUUAUUAAGAACUAAUUUUCUAAGAGAGAUAAGCCGACAACGUAAUUUCAACAGUGCUUCUCAAUGCCGACCACUAUAUCAAUCUCAAGAGAGAAACGCUGCUUGAAAUUUCACGGACAUUAUUCGAUUUGUUACAAAGUUUGCUAAUAGUUAUUGUCUGUGAGCAACGUUCGAUCUCGGCUAAUGCCGAGAAAGCGAUAUUGAAUAACGGUAUGCCGACUAUUACGCCUUUGAUGCACAGUGACUGUCGAUAGAAUCUUAAGGCAGAGCCUCUCGUGUUCAGCGACCUGUGAAGAGACACCCCCCCCCCUUCGACCCCCUCUCUAUAUAGCACCACCCUCCCCCCGAAAAUUCAAACUUAGUCCUUAGGAAGUCUUGGGAAACUUUAGGAACGAGACACACUUUUGCUCAUAGACAUUUGACACAACUUUGGCAACGAAGAAAGUUUCAAUUACGAUUAGAAAUUUAUAUUUUUAAUAGUCAAUUUUUUAUGUGUAAGAAAAAAGAAAAUAUAUAUUAUAUAUAUGUCAACGAACUCGAUUUGUAUUGUUAAAAAAAAAAGAAAUGUCCUUUGAUAUUUUUUCAAGUGCAAUUAUAUAUUAAUAAUGAUUCGAUGUUAUGUUCGGACCGGGAGGAUACACCAUUUAUUGUUCAAGAUCUUCGACACUAGAAUGCAGUGGUACUUGAUAAUUUUUACCCAUUUUUUUUUUUUUUUUUUUUUUUUUUGCAAAUAGAUGUAAAAAAUUACAAAUGUUGAAAUAUUAAAAAAGAAAAUUUUUUUAAUUCAUGUGAUUUUUAAUGAAUGUUUGGAAUGUCUGACUAUGAAUUACUUUUACUACUGAUGACAAAAUUACCGGAAUUUUAAUAAUUUUUGAUUGACUAAUACGAAAUUCAAAAGCGUGUCUGACUGAACUUGACAUUUACUACUUAAAUUAGUUUCUGCUACUAAAAAUUAAAAGUACCCUAGUAGUUGCAGUCUUGCUGAAAAAGGCCUUUACUACUAAUAGUAAAAUUUCUAAUUUUAGUAUAAGUUUAGUAAAGGCCGAGAUUUAGAAGAAAAACAAAUAUAUUGUCUGACUGUGACGUACUUUUACUACUACUGAUAAAAAUUUGAAGCAGCCAAGUAGUGUAAGUCUGACUUUAAAGAAUUUUUACUAUUGCUAUUAAAAUCACAAGAAUAUAAUUUUUAAUUUAUUGAAAAUCGCUGGUCUUACUGUAACUUACUUUUACUACUGCUACAAAAAAUUAUAGGCAGCAAACUAGUUUCAGUCUGACUAAGAAAAAUUUUUACUACUGAUAAUAAACCAACAAGUAACGAACCUUUACUACUGAUACUAAAAAAGUAGAAGAAGUAAAGCAGUUUCUGUCUGACUGUAACGAACUUUUACUACUGAUAGUCAAAAUUAUAAAAAUACACGUAGUUUUAGUCUGACUAGAGCAGAACUUUACUACUAAUACUUAAACUACAAGAAUUUUGAACAAAUUAGAUUCAAUUUUAAAUUUACAGCAAUUCGUUAGUCUGACUGUAACCGACUUUUACUACUGUCAGUCAGAAUUAUAAGGAGACACGUAAUAUUGGUACUAAAAUUAAAAGAAUUUGAACAAAUUAUAAACUGACUAAGAAUUAUAAAUACUACUGCAACUAAAAAAAUACUUCAAAACUGUGUCUGACUAAAAUUGACAUUUACUACUGAAUUACUGAUAUUAAAAUAACUGUUUAAAAUUACAGUCUGUCUAAAAAUUACUUUUACUACUUAUAAAAAUUAACUCGAAUGAUUUUUAUCAUUGGAAAUAACUUUCACAAUUAGGCUUUUGAAAAAACAAGUUUAAAAAUUAGUCUGACAAAUAAUUGCAUUACCUACUGAUAUUUAAUAUUUUAAGUUAUUUCUAAAGAAGAAUUAAUCAUUUUUGUUUGACUAUAAUACCAUUCUGCUAUUAAUACUUAAAAAUUUCGUAGUUUGACUAGAAUUAUUUUUUACUACUGAUAUAUUAUAAUUCAAAAAUUCAAUUAUUUUCGGUCUGACUGAAAAUUACUUGUACUACUAAGUAGAAAACUUACAGGAAAUAAAAUUGAAAAAUACUGUUUUUUAAAAAGAUGAAAAACUUUACGGGACUGACUAAAAACUGACAUCUUCUACUGAUUCUGAACAAUUCUUAGUUUAACUAAAAUUGAGUUUUAUUAAUUGCUACUAAAGUAGUAAAAUUAAAAAAUACGAUUCUUUGUCUGACUAAAAACUGCUUGCACUACUGAGUCUAAAACGACUAUAAUUUUAAUUUUUGUUCUGACUAAGUAGUAUAUUUAGUACUUUUAGUAAAAAUUACCAGAACUACAGAUUAAAUAUUUAAAAAUUUAUUUUAUAAAUUUAAAAAAUUAUUGUUUUUUAAAUAGUAAAAAAUCUGUGUAACGAUGUCUGUGAUUUAAGACAGUUCUGUCUGACUAUACGUUAUGUUUACUACUUUUACUAAAAAUUAAAAAAAUAAACAUUUUUGUCAUACUAAAAAUUAGAUUAUUUACAGAAAAAGAUAAAAAAAAAAUCUUUUUUUUAGUGGACCACUAAAAAAGUUUUUUUAGUCUUGCGGUAAAAAUACGUCUGACUAAAACUGACAAUUACUACUGAUCAGAAUUUACUAUAAAUUCCAGUUUUUACUGGUAAACUUUUUUUACCACUGAUAAUAAAUGCAAAAAAUAUGUCUGACUAAAACGAACUUCUACUACUGAACAAAAAAAAGUAACAAAUUCACGAAUAUUGUUUACGUGCAAAAAAUUUUUCUCAAUAAAAUAAUUAUAAAAACGUAGGUAAAAGAAAUUAAUGGGCAAAAGUUAUUGAGCAUUGUUGUAAUUAAAGAAAAAUGCGCUGCCAUAAUAAUCUUCGCCAAUCACAACGAUUUGAAGAUCAUUUCAAUCGAAGAUCAGUUUUAUUUAAAUAUUUUAUAAAAAAAAAUCGAAGAUCAAUUUUAUUUAAAUAUUCUAUUUAAAAAAUAAUUUUUUUCCUUAAAUUGUUUUUCAUUUUGAAAAAUUUAUUCAAAAUAGUAUUUAAAAAUAAUUGUCGCGCUGGCCGCGUUUUGAAAGUUGAUUUUCGAACUAUAUUUCUCUAUAUUUGAGAGUAAAAAAAAAUUGUGAAUUGCGAAAUAAAAAUCAUCAGGAGAAAAGCCAUUAUUAUCCUUGUAAUUGUAGGUUUUGGUGUCUGAUAAUAAUAUCAUUGAGGAUCAAUCGCCUAGAAUCCAGAGCGCCAUUAAUUUUUUUUUUUUUGUUCAUAUUAUUUUUAUUAUUUUAUUAUUAUUUGUAGAUUACACGAAGAUAAUAAGGGAGAAAGAAAUAAUUUAAUUACCAUUCAUAUAAUAUAAUAAAUAACAUUCGUUUGCCUGCCUUAUUUCUUUAUACUGUGUUGCGAACUUUUUAUAAAGAGGAUUGUCUUUCUCUUCUCUACCCCCGGCGACAAGAUAAAAAAAAAUAAAUAACAAUGAAUGAGAAAAGCGAGGGAUUACAAAACAUUAUGAUGAGAGAGAGAAGCUUUAACUAAAAUCUUUAUACGAAGGGCUGACCUUUCACGCUAUAAUUAACGAUUCGUUUAACACUAUAUGACUUUUAUUUUCUUUUUUGAAAAGAAAAAUUGCAAUUUUUUUUCAUACAAAAAUUAAUAUUUUUACUCAUAUUUUUUAUUUUAUUUAUUUUUUUUAUA